UUUCUUUUCAGGACGAGAACAUCACCCGCAAUCAAACAGAAACCACACUUUUUGAAAAGAACGAGGAUGUCAGUCAUGCGAGUUCCUGGUUUGGACAUUGCAAAACAGGCGACUGCUGGCAAGCGCUGAGGCUAAGCAACAUUCUUAUCAAGAAUUUGACGAUUCUGAGCCUUAAUAUUCUUCUAAACAAUGUUCUUAUAAGAAAAGAGUGUAGUCAGUGUAGUCAUAAAACGCUUUCCUUUUCGCAAUGGCCUUGGGAAAGAAUCGAAAGCUGGCUUCCAUUUUCGAAAGCAUCGAACAGCUUCAUCCAAAGAGUGAAAUUUUGAAUUAGAACUUGUAAAUAAAAUGAUAAUGUCGUUAUCUUUAACACAUAUGUUGAUAUUCUUAUUGAUUCAUAGUGAAAACUGGAUUGCGGCAACGAGACUGGGAAACAAAACCUAUCUCGUUGAUGCUGAUUCAAAUUAUGCUGAAGCUGAAUUGGAUGCUCAAUAUUACAGACAAAAUUCUGAAAAUCAUCGCCAGAAUCUAAGAGAAGCAAAUUUUGUAGCAGAUCUAAAUGAAAAAUCGAUUGAUAAUUACAGCAACAAGUCAGCAAUCUACUUGAAAAUUGUUCACGGGAAUUCAAUUGACAGAUAUAAAAGCCAAGGAAAAUCAGUCAUUCUCACACUGGCCAUAUUUGUUGCUGUCUUUGGUUGUGGGUUAGGCUCAGUUGUCGUUUACUUUGCAUGGGAAAGAUUCAAACCAAAGUUCCACGGAUACAUGAAAAUGGGACGAGGGAAGAAGCAAGCAAAAGGAUCUAAAAACAACUGCGAAACGAAUUACACUGUUCUGGAUAUGAUAGCUGAAGAUUCUCUUGAAGAGGUAGAAGACGGCUCUCAGAACAUAGGCAAUCUCGGCAGUGGGACUUUGAUGAGACUUGGGAAUGAUUCAGUUUCUGAAAGUAACUCAAAAAUGUCAUAUAGCUUAAAGGGUAAUUGUAACGGAUUUAAACAUCCAGACGGUGCCCAAAGGAUGAACAAUUGUACUAAAUGGCUCAGAGAGUCCGGUGUCUGUGACAAUCUUGUUGACGAUUUACAAGAAGAUGUCGUAGAAUUCGAUCGGAACUCGUUAUUUCAAGAUAAGCAGGGUGUAAUCGAUAAACCAACUGGACAAAGAACACAAUGUGGAAAUAGAAGCAAAAGUGAGAUGGCGAAGCAAAGCAGUUGUAACAGUCUGUCAAUGGAAAGCAGGAAUAAUUUGGCCGUAAACAAAAAGAGUCGUACAAGCAAUAAGAGGUCAAGAAAAGACUGCAAAGGGAGUAGCACGCCAGCUGGAUGUUUUGAAGAUGCCGAUAGCGAUUAUGAAACAAAUAACAUAUCAACUGACAGCGAAGCUCAAGUUUUCAAAUCUAAGCAUACAUUUAGAAGAAAGAGUCAACCAUCCUGGCUGGCUACCCUUGAUAUUGACGGUAGGCAAUGCACGUAUAGAGAUGAUGGAAAUAGCAUAGAGUACGGUGUUUACGGGGAAGGCCUUACUGGAGAGAGUAAAAGAUCACGCGAAGGCUCAUUAACUUCAGAAAAAGUCAAUUCAGUGGAGCGCUCUAGCGAAGCAACAGAGAAAACAUUGAGGUUUGACAUGAAUAUUGAUAAAGAACAGGAUAUGAAUGAUUCUAGAGAGGAAUUAAUGAAACAAUGGAUGAGAGGCAAACGGAAAUCGAUUCGAGCUUCAAUCUACUGCGUUUCGUCAGAGAGUGACGAAGAUAAUGAAAUAACAGGUGAAAGUCCAGAGGCAACCGAAAUGCAAAUGGUAACUGGAGCUGAAGAAGUAAUUUACUUUAACUAUGCUACGAACGAGGCGAAAUCACACAAACAGUUCCAAAACAACGAUGAUAUAGGCCGCUACGACAGCUCAACGGUGAACACAAAAAACACGGACAUCGAGACUCAGAGUCCAUGUAUCAAUACAAAAGGACGAUAUAUGGAUCACAUUGGGUAUGACAGUGAGGAAGAAUUAGUGACAACGGAUUCGAAACAGUUUGACGAAACAGAAAGAGACCGAAUAACUCUGAUGUCGGAUCAUUUACUUAAAGGACUGAUGCUGGACAUAGAGGAGAAUAUUGUUGGUGCUUAUGACAGUCGUAGACUAUUCAGAUCACACAGUGAUAGCGAGCUCGGGAGAUCCAAAUACAUCACAAAUCUUCCAGAUCUUACAAAUAUUAACAGUUUUUCAACCAGCAAUUUAAGAAGCAAACAGAUAAUCCCAACUAACUCGAGUCAUGAAGAAAACAGACCUGGGAGUUCAAAAAAGGAGAAAACAAGAAACUUGGUUAGUAAGAAACUCAGAAGUGUAAUAAGAUUUCUUAGAAUAAACAGAAAGAAAAGAAACAAGUGAAUGUUUUUAUAACGUAACUUGGGAAUCUAACGUAGUCAUUUAAUCUAGGAAAUUUUUGACAUAAGCAAUAUUGUAUUUAUUAAACGUGUAACGUGAUUUGUUAUAAAAAUUUGAGUUAAAAUGA